UGUUAAGUUUCAUUAAUGUUCCUGUACUGUCUGUUUUCCGCUGCAGAAGUAGACCAGCAAGUGGAAGAAGGUGAUCAGUCUCAGCAAGCCCAAACACCAGUUACAACCAGCCCUUCUGCUUCCAGCACAACCUCUUUCAUGAGCAGCUCUCUGGAGGAUACUACUACUGCUACUACUCCAGUAACUGAUACUGAAACUGUUCCUGCUUCUGAAUCUCCUGGUGUUAUGCCUCUCAGUCUUCUUAGGCAAAUGUUCUCCAGUUAUCCUACUACAACUGUACUGCCUGCACGACGUGCUCAGACUCCUCCGAUAUCUUCUUUACCAACUUCUCCUUCAGAUGAAGUUGGGAGGAGACAAAGUUUGACUUCUCCUGAUUCCCAGUCUGCAAGGCCUACGAAUCGUACAGCUUUGUCUGAUCCAAGCAGCCGACUUUCAACAUCUCCUCCUCCUCCUGCCAUUGCUGUUCCAUUGUUAGAAAUGGGAUUCUCCCUCAGGCAGAUUGCAAAAGCCAUGGAAGCCACAGGUGCCAGAGGAGAAGCAGAUGCGCAGAACAUCACAGUGCUUGCUAUGUGGAUGAUAGAGCACCCUGGAAAUGAAGAUGAUGAAGAACCUCAGCCAGAUGUGACUGCAGAUGCACGACAUGGGGCCAUAGUCGCUGGAAGUGGUGGAAAAUCUGGUGACCAUUGUUACUUGCAGUCACCAGGUGAUAUCCCUUCAGCUGAUGCCACUGAAAUAGAAGAAGGCUUUAGUGAAAGCCCUGAUAAUAUGGAUCAUGUGGAUAAUGCUGCUUCUGCAAGUGGACCUCCUUCUAGAAGUCGGUCAUCUGUAACAAGAAGACACAAAUUUGAUUUAGCUGCCCGAACACUGCUAGCACGUGCUGCGGGAUUAUACCGCUCUGUACAGGCCCACAGAAAUCAGAGUCGAAGAGAAGGGAUAUCUUUGCAGCAAGACCCAGGGGCUCUUUAUGACUUCAACUUGGAUGAGGAGUUGGAAAUUGACCUUGAUGAUGAAGCAAUGGAAGCUAUGUUUGGUCAAGACCUGGCUAGUGAUAAUGAUAUUCUGGGAAUGUGGAUCCCAGAGGUAUUGGAUUGGCCUACCUGGCAUGUUUGUGAAUCUGAAGACAGAGAAGAAGUAGUGGUUUGUGAACUGUGUGAAUCAAGCGUUGUCAGCUUCAAUCAACACAUGAAAAGAAACCAUCCAGGCUGCGGGCGUAGUGCCAACCGCCAGGGCUAUCGUAGCAAUGGUUCCUAUGUGGAUGGAUGGUUUGGUGGUGAAUGUGGAAGUGGAAAUCCUUACUAUUUAUUGUGUGGUGUCUGCAGAGAGAAAUACUUAGCCCUGAAGAGUAAAUCCAAAACAUCAACUUCAGAAAGGUACAAAGGCCAGGCUCCUGAUUUAAUAGGUAAACAAGACAGUGUCUAUGAAGAAGACUGGGAUAUGUUAGAUGUAGAUGAGGAUGAAAAGCUGACAGGAGAAGAAGAGUUUGAAUUACUGGCUGGACCCCUUGGGUUAAAUGAUCGACGUAUUGUACCUGAACCUGUGCAGUUUCCUGACAGUGACCCUCUAGGUGCAUCAGUUGCAAUGGUGACAGCCACCAACAGCAUGGAAGAAACAUUGAUGCAAAUAGGUUGUCAUGGCUCUAUAGAAAAAAGCUCUUCUGGCAGAAUAACAUUAGGAGAACAAGCAGCUGCCCUGGUAAAUCCACAUGACCGUGUUAUGGCCUUAAGAAGAGUGACAGCUGCUGCACAAGUCCUCCUUGCAAGAACUAUGGUUAUGAGAGCACUCUCACUUUUGUCUGUCAGUGGUUCCAGUUGUAGCCUGGCAGCUGGUCUUGAAUCCUUGGGAUUAACAGAUAUAAGAACUUUGGUUCGUUUAAUGUGCCUCGCUGCAGCAGGGAGAGCAGGACUCUCCACAAGUCCAUGCACUGUGUCAAGUUCAACAGAGCGAUCUAGAGGAAUCCACAGCAAAACAAGCAAGCCUAUAUCAUGUCUUGCCUACUUGAGCACAGCAGUGGGCUGUUUGGCAUCAAACACUCCUAGUGCUGCUAAACUUCUGGUGCAGUUAUGUACGCAGAAUUUGAUUUCUGCAGCAACUGGUGUAAACUUGACAACAGUUGAUGAUCCAAUUCAACGGAAAUUUUUGCCAAGCUUUUUAAGAGGAAUCGCUGAAGAAAACAAACUUGUAACUUCUCCAAACUUUGUGGUUACUCAGGCACUUGUAGCACUGCUGGCAGACAAAGGGGCCAAACUGAGGCCAAAUUAUGAUAAGGCAGAAUUUGAAAAGAAAGGUUUAAUUGCCCAUUUGUAUGCCCAUCCUUCCUAUGAUCCUUCUGCUGUAGGCCCUCUGGAGCUGGCUAAUGCACUAGCAGCCUGCUGCCUUUCUUCAAGGUUAUCUUCACAACAUAGGCAGUGGGCUGCUCAGCAGUUGGUGCGAACUCUUGCAGCUCAUGAUCGUGAUAAUCAAACUAUUCCUCAGACCCUCGCUGAUAUGGGGGGAGACUUACGAAAAUGUUCCUUCAUAAAACUGGAAGCUCAUCAGAAACAGGUCAUGACAUGUGUUUGGUGCAAUAAAAAGGGACUUUUGGCGACUAGUGGAAAUGAUGGCACCAUAAGGGUGUGGAACGUUACCAAGAAGCAGUACUCAUUGCAACAGACAUGUGUGCUCAACAAAUUAGAGGGUGAUUCUGAAGAAAGUCUGGGGUCACCCAGUGACCUUAGUUUGUCUCUUAUCUGUUGGAGCAUCAGUGGCAAGUAUCUGGCUGGAGCUACAGAAAAGAUGGUGAACAUAUGGCAAGUCAAUGGUGGAAAAGGAUUAUUAGAUCUUCAGCCUCACUGGGUAUCUGCACUUGCUUGGCCAGAAGAAGGGCCAGCUGCAGCAUGGAAAGGAGAAUUAUUACUAAUUGGUCGUAUGGAUGGGUCUCUUGGACUUAUUGAAGUUGUGGAUAUUUCAACCAUGCACCGAAUAGAACUGGAACACUGCUACAGAAAGGAUGUUUCUGUCACAUGCCUUGCCUGGUUCAGCGAAGAUAAACCAUUUGCAGUUGGCUAUUCAGAUGGGAAAUUGCUAAUAGGAACAAAGGAACCACUUGAAAAAGGAGAAAUCGUUCUAGUUGAUGCACACAAGGAUACAAUUGUUAGUAUGAAGUGGGAUCCAACUGGUAAGAUUCUCCUGACAUGUGCCAAAGAAGAAAUUGUGAAACUCUGGGCGUACAUGGGAGGAUCUUGGAGACGUCUGCAUUCACUGCCCCAUCCAGCUUUUGUGAAUGGCAUUGCUUGGUGUGGUCUUCCAGGGAAAGGUCCCAAGUUACAGCUUUUGCUAGCUACAGGGUGCCACAAUGGUUUGGUGUGUGUCUGGGCUGUUCCUCAGGACAUAGCAGUCACACUGCAGACCAGCUCAGCAUACUCAGAAGGAUGGUGGGACCAAGAAACAAGUGCCCAGGAUGGAUACAGAAAAGCAGUUGAAGCCAAGUGUGUAUUUCAGCUGAGAGGACACAUUACCCCUGUUCGGACUGUUGCAUUCAGUCCUGAUGGACUGGCAUUAGUGUCUGGUGGACUUGGUGGUCUCAUGAAUAUUUGGUCUUUACGGGAUGGUUCAGUGCUGCAGAGUGUUGUGAUAGGUUCUGGAGCUAUUCAGACUGCCGUAUGGAUACCUGAAGUCGGUGUAGCUGCAUGCUGUAACAGAUCAAAGGAUGUGUUGGUAGUGAACUGUACAUCAGAGUGGAUAUCUUCCAAUCACAUCCUUGCAACAUGUAGAACUGCACUGAAACAGCAAGGAGUUUUAGGAUUAAAUAUGGCUCCUUGCAUGCGAGCUUUCUUGGAACGUUUGCCAAUAAUGCUUCAGGAGCAGUAUGCGUAUGAAAAGCCCCAUGUUGUUUGUGGAGACCAGCUUGUUCACAGUCCUUACAUGCAAUGCUUGGCAUCACUCGCUGUGGGCCUCCACCUAGAUCAGCUGUUGUGCAAUCCGCCAGUGCCACCUCAUCACCAGAACUGCCUCCCUGAUCCUUCAACCUGGAGUCCCACGGAAUGGGCCUGGCUAGAAUGUUUCUCAACCACCAUAAAAGCUGCUGAAGCCUUGGCAAAGGGAGCACAGUUCCCAGAAUCCUUUACUGUUCCAGACCUGGAGCCUGUUCCAGAGGAUGAACUUACUCUCCUAAUGGAUAACAGUAAGUGGAUCAAUGGUAUGGAUGAACAGAUAAUGUCCUGGGCAACGUCAAGGCCAGAGGAUUGGCACUUAGGAGGUAAAUGUGAUGUGUAUCUGUGGGGAGCAGGAAGACAUGGACAAUUAGCAGAAGCUGGCAGAAAUGUCAUGGUACCAGUGGCAGCACCUUCGUUCUCUCAGGCUCAACAGGUUGUUUGUGGUCAGAAUUGUACUUUUGUCAUUCAAGCUAAUGGCACAGUUUUGGCUUGUGGAGAAGGAAGCUAUGGACGGCUGGGACAAGGAAAUUCAGAUGAUCUUCAUGUGUUAACAGUCAUUUCAGCACUGCAAGGCUUUGUUGUAACGCAGCUGGUGACCUCUUGUGGAUCUGAUGGACAUUCCAUGGCUUUGACUGAAAGUGGGGAAGUCUUCAGCUGGGGAGAUGGAGAUUAUGGCAAACUUGGACAUGGGAACAGUGACAGACAGCGCAGGCCUAGACAGAUAGAGGCUCUGCAAGGAGAAGAAGUGGUGCAGAUGUCAUGUGGCUUCAAACACUCAGCUGUGGUGACAGCAGAUGGCAAACUUUUUACAUUUGGAAAUGGUGAUUAUGGCCGAUUAGGGCUUGGAAAUACUUCCAAUAAGAAACUUCCAGAAAGAGUGACAGCGCUGGAGGGUUACCAGAUUGGACAGGUGGCCUGUGGACUCAAUCAUACUGUGGCUGUGUCAAUGGAUGGUUCAAUGGUUUGGGCUUUUGGAGAUGGAGAUUAUGGUAAACUUGGUUUGGGAAAUUCCACUGCAAAAUCCUCACCACAGAAAGUGGAUAUUCUCUGUGGAAUUGGCAUAAAAAAAGUUGCCUGUGGAACACAGUUUUCUGUUGCACUGACAAAAGAUGGUCAUGUAUAUACUUUUGGACAAGAUCGCCUUAUUGGUUUGCCAGAAGGUCGAGCUCGAAAUCACAACAGACCCCAACAAGUCCCAGUACUGUCAGGAGUCUUCAUUGAAGACAUAGCUGUAGGAGCAGAGCAUACACUAGCUUUAUCAUCCACAGGCGAUGUAUAUGCUUGGGGUAGCAACUCUGAAGGGCAGCUUGGACUUGGCCAUACUAACCAUGUCAGAGAACCAACCCUCAUAACAGUCCUGCAAGGAAAGAAUAUUCGGCAAAUUUCAGCAGGACGUUGCCACAGUGCUGCCUGGACAGCACCCCCGGUUCCACCCAGAGCUCCAGGUGUAUCAGUGCCUUUACAGCUUGGCUUGCCUGAUGCCAUUCCACCACAGUAUGGGGCACUGAAAGAAGUGAGCAUUCAUACAGUAAGAGCAAGGCUCAGACUGCUGUACCAUUUCUCUGACCUCAUGUACUCUUCAUGGAGAUUACUUAACCUCAGUCCCAAUAAUCAGAACAGUACAUCUCAUUACAAUGCUGGAACGUGGGGAAUAGUUCAAGGACAGCUAAGACCCUUGCUAGCACCACGAGUGUACACGCUCCCUAUGGUACGCUCUAUAGGGAAGACCAUGGUUCAGGGAAAAAACUAUGGUCCUCAGAUUACUGUAAAAAGAAUAUCAACCAGGGGUCGGAAAUGCAAACCCAUUUUUGUACAGAUUGCAAGGCAAGUGGUAAAGCUGAACGCGUCAGACCUUCGCCUGCCUUCUCGUGCCUGGAAAGUGAAACUGGUUGGAGAAGGAGCUGAUGAUGCAGGGGGAGUGUUUGAUGACACUAUUACAGAAAUGUGUCAGGAACUUGAAACUGGAGUAGUAGACUUGCUUAUUCCUUCCCCAAAUGCCACAGCUGAAGUAGGCUACAAUAGAGAUAGGUUUCUUUUUAACCCUUCAGCAUGUUUAGAUGAGCAUCUGAUGCAGUUUAAAUUUUUGGGCAUUCUCAUGGGUGUAGCUAUUCGUACAAAAAAGCCAUUAGAUCUUCAUUUGGCUCCAAUGGUCUGGAAGCAACUUUGUUGUAUCCCACUCAUCUUGGAGGAUUUGGAGGAGGUAGACCUGCUCUAUGUGCAGACCCUCAACAGCAUUCUUCACAUUGAAGACAGUGGGAUUACUGAAGAAAAUUUCCAUGAGAUGAUUCCUUUAGAUUCUUUUGUUGGCCAGAGUGCUGAUGGCAAGAUGGUUCCCAUAAUCCCCGGAGGGAACAGUAUCCCACUUACCUUUUCAAACAGGAAAGAAUAUGUGGAGAGGGCAAUUGAGUACAGACUUCAUGAAAUGGACCGUCAGGUGGCUGCUGUAAGAGAAGGCAUGUCUUGGAUUGUUCCCGUUCCCUUGUUGUCUCUUCUGACUGCUAAGCAGUUGGAGCAAAUGGUCUGUGGAAUGCCAGAAAUAUCAGUUGAAGUUCUGAAGAAAGUUGUGCGAUACAGAGAAGUUGAUGAGCAGCAUCAGCUCGUGCAGUGGUUCUGGCAUACCCUUGAAGAAUUUUCCAAUGAGGAGAGAGUCCUUUUCAUGAGGUUUGUGUCAGGAAGAUCUCGAUUGCCAGCCAACACAGCUGAUAUCUCUCAGCGAUUCCAAAUAAUGAAGGUUGAUAGGCCUUACGACAGCUUGCCUACCUCACAGACUUGUUUCUUUCAACUGAGGCUCCCACCUUACUCCAGUCAACUAAUCAUGGCAGAGCGUUUGCGCUAUGCAAUCAAUAAUUGCAGGUCUAUAGAUAUGGACAAUUAUAUGCUCUCACGGAAUGUGGACAAUGCAGAGGGCUCAGACACAGAUUAUUAACAUUCUGUGAACAAAAUCAUCUUCCUUUUACUGAAAAUAGUGCCCUAAGUCCAAUUUGUUGUUGACAUAAUUUUAUGGUAACCAUAGAUGUUUUAGGAGCAUAAAAGCAGAUGUUAAUAAACAGUGGCCACAUUUUAGUUACUCUAAAUGUAACAAAAAAUUAGAUGUUUUAUUUUUUUGUGAUUGUAAAAAAGAAAAAAAGAAAACAAAAAAAAGUAUGAUCAAUAAUUUUUUUUCUCCUUUUUUGGUCACUUUUGAUAAGUUUGCAUGGAGACAUUUGGGUGCAUUUUUGUUGGGAAUAGUACAUUUGUAAGCCCUCUCAGUGAACAUGAAGGGUUGUACAUUGUGUAUAAUUGUUCAUUAGCAAGGACAGUUUUACAUGAAUAUUCACAUAUUUAUUUUGUUCUAAUUUGAAUUGCCUGUGCAGGGUUCCUUAUGCAGAGAAGAAUAAAGCAAAUUCGAGAAUUGGUUGCUUGGAUGCA